AUGUCGCUCAAGGAAACUGCUUCCAUCGACGUGGGCUUCCCCAUCAUGGGAGCCAAGUUUUUCAACAACAAAACCAUUAUAGUGGCUGGUGGAGGAGGAGAGGGAAACAAUGGUAUUCCCAACAAGAUCACUGCCAUAAAAUGCCUGUUCAAAGUGACCGACGCCAAACGCCGCUUGCAGAGAUUCCGUGAAAUCACAUUGCCAGCCAAUGAAGACUCGCCCCAAUGUUUGGAUACGGCGCCAAUUGUCGACGAUGAAGAGAAUAAGUUCUCUAUCUUUGUAGGAUGUAACCAGCUGUCACAACUCAUCAAGUCCAUGAGCAUCAACAACAACUUGAGAAAGUAUGUGUAUACCGCAGAAGAACACUUACGAUUUGUAGACGCUGCUCAGCUUGAAGAGGAAAUCAAGGGCGACGCCAACGAUUAUCCCAAAACUAUCAGAUUAUCGCCUAAAAAUGGCGUUGGAUGUUUAAUGACUUCUACAGUGCCUUCGACUAUCUAUAUUUUCAACCCAGACUUGUUGGAAUUGAAGUUCAAAUUUAGACCUACGCCUGAUGCCGAAAUCAAAGACUUUGCCUUAAGUCCCAACGACGAUGGAAAGACACUUUGUUACGUCACUUCUAGUGGAAUUGAGACUAUCUCUACUUCUACUUCUCAACCCAUUGCUUCUUCGGCCAAAAACCAAAAGGUGGAUGCUGAGUUGAAAAAGCUCAUUUUGUCCAAAGUCCGUUUCAUAGACGACGAAAACGUUAUCGUUGCUGCCAGUAUUCGCGGAGGCUCUGGUGCAGUACUUCUUAAGUAUAAUCUCGCAGACCAGAAGAUCACCAACAAGGUCGUAGUGUCAAAAAAGUUCAAAAACAUUGUAGCAUUUGAUCUUUCGCUUCUGCAGAACUUGGUGGCAGUAGCUGGCAAUGACGUUACCUUGACGUUGAUACGACUUUCGGAUCUUUCUGUUAUUAAGACCUACCCUAAAUUGCAUGCCUUUGCCAUCACCAGUGUCACGUUCUCGCCCAAUGGAUCCAAACUCGCCACUGGCAGUGCAGCCAGUACUCUUCACGUGUUUAGAAUCCCCCAAAACUUCAGCAGGGGUAAAUCGACACUUGGUUCCUUGAUCCAGUACCUCUUUACGGUCUUGGUUGUAGCUGCUGUAGCUGUUCUUUUA